UUUGAUUGAUAUAAACACAUUGUGUGAUGAUAAAUAAUAAUAAUAUAUUUCUCAAUAAUUAUUAAGAAAAAAAAAUUGUAUACUAAAAAUGCUAACGCCUUUUUUUCCAUGUCUAAUCUAAGGGUUUAUAUGUUUAUUAUCAAAGUGGUUUUAAAUAUUAUAUCAUAACAGCACGAAUGUUGCUGAAAUCGUUGGUUGUAUUGUGACAUAUUGAGUGUCAUCUUUUAUUCCGUUAAAAUAACCACAAUUGACAUUUUAACUUUUACUGAACUUUUAUCUGCACAAAUUAUUAUUUUAUCGAUGCAUGAAAGUAUAUUAAUCAUCAUCAUAACCGUGUUCUUCAUUAGAGCUCGGUAAUACGAAAAAAUUCAAAGAUUAUUCAUUCGAAUACCUUCAUAAAAUAUUUGAGUGAGUCAAGAGGUUUUUGAUUAGCAAGGAUUAUCUAAAAAAGAUAUCAACGAUUGACAAGUCCUUUUUAUUUUUAAAUGAGUGCGCUUAAACGACGCAAAACUACAUCAAUAUGUUGGGAAGUCAAGGAUGGAUUGAGAACGAGAUCGAAGGCUUAUAUUGUAGACAUUCUACCAUCAGAGAUUCAGGAAAUGAUUUUCAAAUUUUUACCGCUUCAAAUGAUUGCCACAAAUAUUCGCCUCGUAUCCAGACAAUGGCUGACGGUAGCAUCAACAGUUUUGAACGGAGCUUUUUACUCGGCCGGUUGUCGUCUGAACACCAUACUAGAUCAAACGAAUUCAAAGAUAGCAGAGCUGGAAAAUAUGACAGAACUUCAAAACAACAUGAGAACAUUAAACAUUCUAGAGCUAAUCCAAGCUCAAUACAAGAUGUUGAGAGCAGUGACCUGGCGUUACACUCAUCCACCACGACCACAAAAAUUUCAAAGACUUUGCUUCUAUGCCGGGAGUCUCCUCGACGAGUUGAACAAUCUCCUGUACCUGGCAUCAACUCAACCUGCAGCUCUUUACAGUCCCGAUGGUCCAAGUGUCAGAGUCGAGAAGUUCUUCGGCCUUUGCAAACAUUUCAUGAAUUAUUUCGAGAGGGUCUCGGAACGGAAAGUAAACAGAUCAGUCCUGGUGUCCGGUUGCAAAGUCGUCGACAUUCUAGACUGUCUUGGAGAGGGUCGUCAGGUUCUAGCGUUUCGUCUGACAACUGGUCGAGGCCACCGAGGAAACGUCUUGUGUAUGCGGAUACGUUAUGUGAUGCAGAGAACUUGGCUCACACGUCUAAAAGUCCCUCGAGUGGCAAACGAAACAUCUUGGAGAGAUAAACAGAGAUUUAUGUAUAUGAGAUUACGAAGAAUUGUGCAGAAUGUCAAUGAUCAUCAUUACGAGGAUCUCCAUUACGAAAGAGGACUAACAGCUCUUCAAAAAACAACAUAUGAUAAUUCAACAUCACUUCCAAUGCCGAAAUUACCCACUCCAUCGUUAUAUUCUGGAUACGGCGAGUAUGGAGAUGAAUUCUUUUACUACGGUAAUAUGAACAAGCGCGCUUAUGCAAAUAAAUUCAACAAAUUUUUUGAUUCCGACGAUUAUCAUGAAAAUUCUUCAACAUCAACAAAAGAAACACCACCAUUUAGUCUUAUUAUUUGCGUUGAAUUACGCUGUUCACCUGAAUUAGCACCAUUGGCUGUUAGACCUAUACUCAAUAGUGACGACCUUGAUAAUCAAACUUUAUCACAUAAUCCAGAAUUUUAUCUUAAAAUGGAAAUUACUUGUCCUGCAUCACUUAAAAAUAAAUUACCUGGACACUUCAUCUGGGAACAACGGACACCUAGACAUUAUCCUAGUACCUUAUGAUCUCUUAUUCUAUAUAUGAACAAUCGAGCAAUGGAUUAAUAUCCAUUGACGUUUGUUAUUGUUGGAUUUAUAUAUUCUUGUAUGUCGUAUAUUCAUUUUUAUCUUAUUUAUUAACAAUUGUGGAGAAAGUUAAAGCUAAGGAAAAGAGAGAAGUGAUGAUAAGAGUACAAUUUUUUCUGAUUUUUGUGAAGAUUCAUAUUUUUUGUGAUCAUCUGUACCCAAUGAUUAUUCGUCAAUAAGACAUAAAGAAAAGAAAAAGUGGAAUUAUAAUAAAAAUUAUUAUACUAUGUCUUAAUUUA